AUGCAGAAAACCUUUGCUCUCAGAAGAGAGGAAAUAAUAAACACAAACACUCCUAUUUCGGAGCUGAAAAACCGAUGGCCUGCCCUCUUCUGCGAGCCUCAUCUGUACAAGGAAUUUCACCUCAUAACAAACAAGAAUUUGCAAUUUACCUUCUUUGCUGCUUUGGAUGAAUGUGCAACAAAACUUCUCAGCUUGUACAGACAAAGAAGGUCCGGGCCAUUCGGGGAGAAGCUUUCAAGUCUUCUCUUGGACUACAGUGAGCAGGACAAGAAUGACGUACAAAAAACAAGAACUGCAGUCUUGUUUGGACUACCCCUGUAUUUAAAAGAAGACCCAAGCCAGAUAUUUCGAACUUGUAAGGAGGAGGAACUUGAUGGCAGCAAAGAUGGGACGGUUGCCCUGGUUGCUGUCACUGGAGAUGCUGCGACUCCUUGGUCCGCCCAGCAGGUGGCCAUCGUGUUGGAGGACCAGAUCGUCUCAACUCACCGUUGCUGGGUGGAUGCACUGGUUAUCCUCUUCGGCCUAAUAUAUGCACUACACCUGGAGUACCCACAGAAAGUAAAGGGCUUCUUUGACUUUCUCCAAAUGAUCCUCCUCAACUUGGAUGAGGGGCGGAUGCAACUUUCCCCAAAAUUGCAGACACUGAAAAAUGAACUGGACAAUGAGUAA